AUGGAAAACCCCCAGGAACCUUCCCUGCUAGAGUAUGCCCGAUUCUACGGUAUUGCCCGUGAUUUCACGGCAGUCGAUCCCCUCACAUACAUCGACGACGUCGCAACUGAAACACCAUUACCUCAUGAUACUCUAUCGGAAUUUCAAGAUCAUAUCUACGAGACACAGAGAAACGUUGAAGAUAAGCUUCGCAAAGAAAAGCUCAAUGUCAGAAAAGAAAGCGCUCGUUUGCUAGCAUCGGUGAUUCAAGAUGCGAGAGCAGAAAAAUUAGACAUAAAUUGGGAUGAGCUUCUACCUAAAUUCAGUCAAGCUGAUGAGCUUAAGCUACCACUUCCAAUCCUUCACGAGGACAGCAUCAUGGAAACGUUGCGGUACACAAGUCCGCUGCGUUACGACGAGAACGUGGUCGAAAUCCGUCCUCACGACGAAUCGUGCCCGAAACUUAAGGAUGAAGAAAUCAUUGCUGACCUUUUAGUCAAGGCUGACCAGGUUCUGAAGGAUGUUAUGCCGGAGAAGUUAAAUUGUAGCAGAGAGUCAAUGUUGUUAAUACAAAGGGCUAGAGACUGUGGAAGUCUUGCCUUCCCAGACCUAGAAGGUCUUUUGAAUGAUAUGAUGAUGUCCGUUCAGAAAGACCGCAAUCCUUCGAAAUCUCCUCCAUUACUUCUAUCGGAUAUUGAUGAAACGUACUAUCGGAGUCCCUCGCCGGCUCUCGAGUCGCUGAUGUUGCCCAGCCCUGCUUCCUCUGGUUCUUUUGAGCUUGAGCUGCAGCGCAACAAAAUAUUAGUCUGUCAUUCAGACUCAAAGACAUCAGAUUGUGCGGUAGCGCCAAACAAGGGAGAAGGUAGCCAUACGAGUGAAGAAAAGGCUCGACUAGAGCAUGAAGUAUCACUUGACCGAAACAACGCGGAAAUAAGCACAGUUGGAGCCGACAGUGCCGCUCAGUCUUUUCCAGACAAGUAUAACAGAAGUGAAAAACAACGUGGUUUAGGUGUUUCUCAACAAAUUGGCGAUGCUAUCAACUUGAUUGAUGCAGAUUCAUCAGCCAUAUUUCAUACGCAAGAGAAUGAGUGCAUGCCAACUGCGUGCACCUCGACUCAGGAGCGAUCAAGUCAAUCACCCAGGGUUAUACUUGUCGAGAAUUGUCAGAUCGCAAGCAUGUCGGCAGAGUUUAUAUCGUCUUUUGGUUCCUCUUCAGUAAUAGACUCGCCCAAUCCAGAUUCUACGCGGUGUCAACCAUACCCUAUGUCAACUAUGCCUUCUUCUCAACAUUCGAAACCGGAAGACCGUGCUGGUGGCUAUUUACAUACGGUUGAAGACCACGGGAGUGUGGAAGACAUUGCUGAAACAGCAUCUGACAAGGAACUGGGGUUUACUCAUGAGGAUGUUAGUGACAUGAGAUUCACAGGACAACGCCAAUUGUCGGAGCCUGACAUAGCAGCUCUUCAACACGAAAGUGGAAAGACGGCCAUGUGUACUUCCCCAGAUACCGCAGUUCCUGAAACCAAUGCAUCCUCAGAUAUGGUGUCUAAUUUAAUAUGCUGCGAAGUUUCAACAGAUACAAUGCUUGGGGGACAAAAACGAAGACACGAGGAGGGGCAGGAUGUCUCGCGGAAAGACCGCAAACUUGUCCAACCAUUAACCGCAUCCCUAGCUAACGACAAAUGCAAGUAUACGCUGCCCUCACAGUCGUCGAUAUUGGGCUCCUUGUCCACCUUCAUGGAGGCUAGAGGCAGGGUCGAAAGGCGACAAGUAACGGCCGUCAGUCCAUACUUUACCAACAACAUGCGGUUUGAGGGUGUUGUAGAACAUCAGAACCCAGCUAUAAAUGCUGAAAACCCCCACAGAUAUGAAGAACGAAAAGAUACGCUAGAGGAGCUAUAUCCUCCAGGGUUAGAGCUUACAAAACAUCAGUACCCUCAAUACCCUCAACUGCAAGCCCACAAUCACGAGCAACCACUACUCUUCGUAUCAACUGCGCUCCUCAAGAGCCAUCUCCCAAUUAUUCAAGGUCUUGAAAGAUUAAAGAGCCCUCCAGCUAUGAUAUAUAGGGACUAUGAUCAGCCCGUUCCUCGCAUCUGGACUCCAUCUCAAACAAACACAAAAGAUACUCUCCCCAAAGAAGCAGACAUCAUCGUCUCACCAACAGCUGGAAUCAUACUGACUACUCUACAAGCUACAACACAGCUAUACCUUCCUGGCCAUAAGCCUAACCCACAGACGAACGGUACUACGUGCAUCAACUCGCCGCUCCGCGAACGCAUCUUCCUCCUAGCUCCGCGAUACAGAUACCUCUACGUAUUUGUUGCGCACGGCGCAAAUUUUCCGAAAGGUGGACAAGGCAACGCUCCACGAUUGACAGCAGAUAGACGGUUGUUGGCGUCUUUCACAUCACUAACAGCCUUCUGUGAUUCGAUGUCAGCGAAUUCAACUAUCUCUCCGAUCUUGAUUUCUCCAUCGUCUGAUACACUAAUAGAAUGGAUUCUGGCACUAGCUCGCAAACAUGCUUCUCAUUUGCCUGCUGAUACUGCUGGUUUACCACAAACGAUGUCAUUUACACCCGUUAACGCGACUCCGAAGAACAUGUUUGACAUUGAGACUAUGGAGAAUGAAACUCGUUGGGAAAUAUUUCUCCGUCGAGUAGGGUUGAGUCCGUAUGCUGCGCAAACUAUUUUGACCGUCUUGAAAUAUGAACGAGAAAUACCCGAACGCAAAUAUAAUGACAGUACACCACAUGAUGUCGAUAAAGAGACGAGUGCCCUCUCCAGAUUUAUCGAAAUGUCACCGGAGCAGCGACGAGAACUCUUUCCAGGUUUGAUUGGGAAGAGGAAUGAAGCAAUUCUUGAAAAGGACUGGCAAUGUGACUGGGCGUUAGAUUUUGAUUAAAAGCUGCGGUUUGAAGGGAUGAUUACUAUGUGAGUUGCGUCCAUGUUUGUCAUUUUCGCGUUAUUUAGGUACGCAAUCUGUCGCCAGUUCAAGGGAGGUGUACAAUGAUAUGACUAUUGAACGAUUGUGAACCCCUUGCGAUGAAUAGCCCUCCUAUAUGCCUUAUCACCUCGGACUGUCGAUGUUAUAAUUCUCAAUCCAGGUCCGGCGUGGUCUAAUAGCCGAGAUAUGGCACUUGCAAUAUCAACGCAUAAACCCGUAGAGUACUUCAGACCCAAACAGUAAAGACAAAGUAGAGAGGAGACAUUCGUAUCAGAUUACUCGUGUUCAUCCCGCAGAGAGCGCAGGAGACAACGACUGCUAAAGUACAUCACAUAGUAUGCAAAGGAACCAAGACACAAUUCACGCUUUAGGUAGCAGAUGCAAGAUAAGGAAAAGGGAACAUUAGCCCGGAAAUCGAGGAACAGAUUCUUACACCGUCCUCACUUCGUAGAUGGCUCUUUUUUAAAUUAUUUUAGAGUGCAUGACAGAAGCUCAUGAUUUGCGUGAUAUAAUACAAGACUCCGAUUGGAUUAUUUCAACCAGUCGGAAAGCGGAAGAACAAGAUGAAGAACCGAUCUAGUUCUCCUUAAUCUUGGCAAGGAGCCUACAUUCGCAUUAGAAUCCAUU